UCAAUCCCUUUGUCCUGAAAAUAGAAAUUAGUAAAUUCAAUACUUUUGAUCAAUCAUGGAAGGAGAAGAGAAGGGCAAGGCAACAUUUUCUGAUCUCUCUUCCUUACCGGAAGGAGUUGUAGCUAAAAUCUUGUCCCUCACGACACCACCCGAUGCCUGCGUAUUGUCGGCGGUUUCCAAGACUUUCCAUGCGGCGGCUCAGUCAGACGUUGUUUGGAACGAAUUCCUGCCCGCCGAUUGGGAACUUUUGAUUUCUCGCCUUAAACCUAACAAACUUAAAUUUGACCCAGUUUCGAGUCCGAAGAAGGAUAUCUUUUUCUCCCUUUGCUACUUCCCAGUGCUAAUUGAUGACGGCAACAAGAGCUUUUCAUUGGAAAAAUGGACUGGUAAGAAAUGCAUAAUGCUUGGAGCAAGGGAUCUCUCGAUUACUUGGGGUGAAAACUCUGACUAUUGGACCUGGGAAGACCAUCCUGAUUCGAGGUUUGCAGAGGUAGCUGUGCUCAUCUAUGUGUGGUGGCUUGAAAUACGUGGAAGAUUAAGUUGCAGAAUGUUGUCUCCUAAAACAGUUUAUGCAGUUUACUUUGUGUUCAAUAUAGAGGAAAGUAGUUACUAUGGGUUCAAUAUUGAUCCUCCUGAUGCAACCGUGGGUAUUCUUGGCCAUGAAAACCAUCCAAAAAGUGUUUGUUUAGACCCUUAUUUGGACCAACCUCAGCAGCGGCAGCGGCAGCGACAGCGACGUGCACCCUGGGAGCGUAGGCCUCAGUCUGAACACAUGCCAGCGUUAGAUCGACCACAUAAGAGACAUGAUGGCUGGUUUGAAAUUGAGUUGGGAGAGUUUAUAAGUGGUGACGAUGUAGACGAUGAACUUGAGAUGGCUCUUAAGGAGGUGAAGGGCUCUUCUUCCAAGGGUGGCCUUGUCGUUGAGGGAAUUGAGAUUAGGCCUAAAAAAACUCACAGGCCUUGAUGUACUGGUGACUAUAUUACAGCCAUGAAAUUAAAACAAGACUCUAAUAUUUUGUUUUAAUAAAUUUGAGCUGAAUUUUAAUUUCA